UUAGCAAGCAAACUGCACGAUUUACGAGAUGAAUUUCUUGAGGCAAUUAGAAUAACAAAAAAUUUCUUCAAAUCAAGUGAUCUACUUGAAAUCAUUGACUACCUCAAUACACACGCAUUGUCAUUACUUGGUCCUAAAAAGGGACAGCAAACAACUGCUGAAAAAGUUAGAGAAGAGUUUAAAGAUAUCGGAACAUUAUCAGAAUUAUUUACUCUGUUACAAGACAAGUUCGUGUCAUGGUUCAACUAUAAACUAAUGAUAAAACUUGUUGGAGUAUUUCUACCUGAAAAUCGUUCAUUAAAGAGAACUUGGUCAGAAUAUGAAGAGAAGUUAAAGGAUUAUUUUAUAAACAGUGGUGGACUAUUGAAAGAUGCUGAUGCUGUACAGUUUGGUAUAAAAGGUGUUCCUCCUGGUACACGAGUAAUGAUUGCUAAAGUUGACAGAGAUGACUACACACUGGAUGACCUAUUCUUUUUUCGUAGAGCAAUACCAGAAGGUUUGGAUGUUCCUGAAUAUGAUCUUCACUUCAGAUCUAUUCACCUGAGUUCUCUCUGUUUGGGUUACCUCAUUUCUGAGUAUCUUUAUUCUUUAUUAUUUCCUCUAACUACAAAGCUACAGCAACAGUUAGCUAGUAUUGGUAUCACUGAACUAACAUGUGGUGAAGAUAAAUAUGAUCUAAGAGAGUUCUCAAUAGAAGAGGUUAAGCACUCAUCCACUGAUAUUGAUAUAUGUGAUCCAUUAUGGUAUGAGAAUACCAGUACACCAUUACAUGAAGCAGCUUGGAGAGGAUUAAAAGAUGAAGUACAAUGGCUUCUUAACAAGUUUGGCUACAGCACAUAUCAUCGUGGUCUUCAUGGUUGGACCCCAUUACACUCUGCAUCAUACGGUGGACACAUUGAGAUCCUUCAACUACUCAUCGAUCAAUAUGGUAUUGAUCCUAAUGAAGGUGAUGAUAAUAGUGUAUCUAGUAUACAUAUGGCAUCUUAUAAAGGCCACUUAUCUAUAGUAAAAUAUCUAGUAGACACGUGUGACGUUCCUCCUGAUCAACCAGACAAUAGCAAUAACACUGCAUUACUGUACUCAGCAAUGGGGGGCCAUUCUGACCUAGUGGAAUUCUUUAUUGAGAGAAAUUGUAAUACUUCUCAGAUUAAUUGUGUUAGUGCCUCUUUAUCAUUGUUAGCUUGUCAAAGUGGAGAGUUAGCAUUAGUCCACAAGCUUGAAUCAUUAAACCUCUUCUCACCAGAUUCCACUGAUUUUUAUGGACUCAGUAUAUUGCAUUACUCUUCUAUGAGUAAUAAUGCUGAGCUUUUUAAGUAUCUUUUAAAUCGAUAUCAAUUAUCCAUUGAUGUAAAGGAUCAAUAUGGUAGGACUCUACUUCAUAUUGCUUCAUGGUUUGCUUCAUCAUCAGUUGUUGAGUAUAUUGUUAGUAUUCAAGAUAAUGAAGCAUUAUUAGUUAAUGAUAAUGAUGGCUACUCGUGGUUACAUCGUGCAUGUAAUGCAGGUAUACACUUUUCAGCUGGUAUUGUGUAUAGUAAGCUUAUGGCACAAAGUGAUGUACCAGUUAUUCAGAUUAUUAAUACAACUCAAAUAAAACAAAAUAUUGAUUUUAUCAAACAAAAUGAAAGAGUUAAAAUGUUUUCUUCACUUCUCAAGAAAGCUAGCACUUGCCCUAACUUUGACAUCAAUGCCGCUACAAAUGAUGGUUGGUCAUUACUUCAUUUAGCAUCAUGGAGUGGCAGUACAUUACUAGUGAAAGCAUUAGAAGAAUAUAAUAUCAAUUGUACAUUAGAUAAUGAUGAUGUAUCUCCAGUACAUUUUGCUGCCUGGUCAGGUUCUACUAGUGUAUUAAGUUAUAUCAUAUCUCAGUAUAAACUCAAUGCUAAUGAUACUGAUACUUAUGGUCGUACACCAUUAGUCUACUCCUGCCAGGCAGAUAAUGAAGGACGCACGUUAGUACAUCAUGCUGCAUGGAGUGGUAACUUUGAUUUAGUUCAGUAUCUUAUUACUGAACAAGUAUGGAAGGGUCACUUGAAUGUAUUGAAGUAUCUCAUUGAUAAUAAUUAUUGUAAUCCUAAUGCAACCAAUCAUCAAGGCCGUACACCACUACAUGUUGCUGUAGCAGCUAAUAAAUAUGAAAUAUUAGAAUAUUUACUGAGUAAGAGUAUACCCUCAAUGAGUGUUGUCUGGUUACCCUGUCAAGAUGGAAAACAGAAUAUGGUAUCACUUUUACUAAAAGCCAGUCUGUCUAACAAUAACUUAUUCAUUACUAACAAGAAAGGACAGACACCAUUACACUUAGCAGCUGCCUCUGGUCAUAAGGAUACCACUGAAGCUUUACUGUUCUCAGUCACUGGUAGUUCUACUCAUCAUGAUCUCCUUACAGCUACUGAUAAUGAAGGAUUCACUGUAUUACAUACAGCUUGCAGUAAUGGCCAUAUUGAUGUGUUUCGUUAUUUAUCCAGUAUUUAUCCUCAAGGUGUUAAUGUAAUGGAUAAUAGAGGACGUGGUUUACUUCAUGCAGCAUGUGAGGGAGGAGAUAUUGGAAUAGUAAGAACACUAAUUGAGACACAUGGACUGGAUCCAUUAGCAGAAGAUGAAAAUGGCAUCACCUGCUUACACUUACUAGCAGAGAGAACAGGUACAUGGAUGAGAAUGAUUGCUAUAGAAAAAAGCAUUGAAAUAUACCAGUAUUUGGAACCCAACAUUGUCUCUAAUCCAGUACCUAAAGACAAGUCUGGUCGUACUCCUCUUCAUUAUGCUUCUUGUUCUGAUAAUAUUCGUAUGGUACGUUAUCUCAUAGAGACCUUCCCCUGUACUCCUGAUGAUCCUGAUAAUAAUGAAUACACUUCAGUUCAUGGAGCAUGUGAAGCUGGUAGUAUGGAAUUAGUACAAUACUUUCUAACUGAUCUCAAAUGUAAUGCACUAGCUGAAACUGAUGAUUGUAAAACCAUGCUUUAUUUCGCUAGUAUCAGUUCUAAUUUAGAGCUUGUUCGGUUUUUAGUUGACGUAUUCAGUUUAAAACCUCGUCCACACGAUAUUGAAAUAGCUCAAUCAGUUAAUCCUGAUUCAUCAGUAGUUAAAUAUCUUCAAAAGGUUAAUACUGGUAUGAUAUUUGAUAUGAUGGAGGAAGAAAAGAAAUUCAAGGAAACUUACCAUCAGAAACUUGAACAACAACAACAGACCAACACACAAAGACAAGAUAUACCAUCUUAA